AUGGGUUUCUUGAUGAUAUUAUUUUUUAGCUUUUCUCAUCUUCUGUUCAGCCCAAAAACUGCAUGUGCAACCACUUUCAAUGUUAUGUCUUAUGGUGCAAAAGGAGAUGGGAAUACAGAUGACUCCAAGGCAUUUAUUCGAGCAUGGGCAGGUUUAUGUGGAGAUAAGUCGCCAGAUCCCACCUUGAUCAUUCCAUCAGGGAAGACAUUUUUAAUAAAACCGGUGGCAUUCAAUGGUCCAUGCAAAUCCCCCAGGCUUUUGGGAAAAAUCACUGCACCGAAGACUCUCAAAAGAUGGGCGGGUUGUGUGGGGAAAGACUUUUGGAUCAAUUUCUCAUGGGUGCAUGGACUGACUAUCGAUGGACCUGGGCAAAUUAAUGGCCAGGGAUCCAUCUGGUGGGGAAAGAAGGUGAAAACAGAAACUUGUAAUCACCCAUCGGCUUUACAUUUUAAUAAAUGUGAUGGCCUAAGGAUAAGAGGAACAACGCAUAUUAACAGCCCGAUGAUGCAUAUUAGCAUCUAUGAUUGUAAAGGUGUAGAUGUUGGACAUCUUCAAAUUCUUGCACCUGGAGACAGCCCCAAUACUGAUGGAAUCGACAUCAGUGCCUCAUCUCAUGUUAAUAUCCAUGACUCUACUAUUCAAACUGGUGAUGAUUGUGUGGCCAUUAAUGGUGGAACUUAUGACAUCAAUGUAACCAGGGUGUUCUGUGGACCUGGCCAUGGCAUAAGUAUUGGAAGCCUUGGGGAAAACCGUGGAUAUGACACAGUCGAACAAAUACAUGUAAGAAACUGUAACAUCACUGGAACAACAAAUGGAUUACGGAUCAAGACAGUGCCGUAUGGAACGGGGUAUGCUAGGCGGAUUCUAUUUCAGGAUAUUCAUCUUGUUAAUGUUGAAAAUCCUAUCAUAAUUGAUCAACAUUACUGUACUAAUUCUGAACAUGCGUUAUGCCCCGCACCGCCAAAUGCACUAGCUGUAAAAGUGAGCGAUGUGACAUAUACAAAUAUACAUGGGUCUUCAGCGACAAAGCAAGCAAUUACUUUCAAUUGCAGUGGGAAGUUUAAAUGUACAGGAAUCCGAACAAACAACGUAAGAAUCACUGGAGAUGGCGAUUUUGCUUACUGUGAAAACGCUCAAGGAAGAUUUGUAGCUACCACUCCAAGUGUUAGCUGUAUGUAA